ACACACACUCUCACAGAAGCAGUUCGUGUACUUCGUAAAAAUAACCGACGCUCGUUUCAAUCGUUCGUACGUUCGUUCGUUCGUUUGUUCGCAACGUUCGUUAGUCGCUUCGUAAUUUCGUUUUUUCAUUUGGCGUUUUCGGUUCUAUCGCCCACACUCUCUCAGUGUGUUUGUGUUAUUUGCGAGUGUAUGUGUAUGCAUACGUAUGCGUGAGUGAGUGAGUGAGUUGAUUUUGGAGCCGGUAACCGAACGUCGUUCAACGUCAUCGUCAUCGUCAAUUUCAUAACGUCAUUUCGUUUUGGCCGUUCGCCUCACAGCACUCACUGUGUGCACUGUGCGUGUAUCUCUGUCACAACUGUAUCUGCAUCUGUAUCUGUUGCCCGCCCGCAGCUAGUCAGCCGGACUUGCGUCUAUCGUCUGCUCAAUUUCGGCGCGUUAAGCCAAAAAUAAAGUACAAGAAAUUAAACACAACCACAACAAAGAGAAACACGACAAAAAUCCUUUCAUAUUUACAAACAAAGUGCUCAACAACAAAAAAGUGAAGUGUAAAGCAAGAAAUCCGCAAAAUUGUGUUUGACAGUGCGCGCUAAAAGUAAACACAUCUUAAAUAUAUGCACAACAGCAACAACAACAAAAACACACACACAUACACCACAUAUAUUAUACACCACAUACCAAAACACACACAAAGGCUGCAACGGCCGUAAAGUGCCCCCCACUUCAACUAAAGCGACACAUUUUAUGCUUGAGCUAAGCAGUAACAACAACAACUACACAGGCAGCCAGCAAAAUCACUAAGCUCUUUGCCAAAUACGCGAGAGUGAAAAAAAUAUAUAUAAUAAUAAAAAAAAAAAAUCAAGUAUAUAUAAAAACGUCCCCAGCAUCGUAAUAAUAAAAAUAAAAAAAGAAGGCAAGCCAGCAAGCGCCUUUGGCCAAAUAUCAAAGUGCACAUAUUGGGAUUAAAGAAGCAGCUAAACAACCAGAAGAAGUAUAAGAAGAAGAGGCAGCAACCACACAACUACAACAAAAUGUCACGGAUCGUUUUAGUGUUUCUGGCAGCCAUUUUAUCAGAUGCGCUCAGCUAUGGCCAGGUGAACGUCGAGCCAAAUACAGCGCUGCUCAACGAGGGCGAUCGCACCGAGCUCCUCUGUCGCUACGGUCGUGCCAUCAACUAUUGCCGCAUCGAGAUACCCGGCGAACAGAAGGUUUUGAAUUUGUCGCCCGUCUGGAGCAAGACACCAGGAUUUACGUACUAUGGAGCCGGUCUGAAUGCGGGUCAAUGCGGUGUCAGCAUUGAGCAUGUCAAGGCCAGCAAUAAUGGCCAAGUCAAAUGCAGUCUUGGCGUUGAGGGCGAGGAACUCUCAGGCACCAUUGAUUUAGUCGUUGCAUUGCGUCCCAAGCAGCCAAUGAUUGAGCUGAUCACCAAGCCGAAUCGCGAUGGUUACUUCUCCGAGAACACCGAGUUCCAUGCUCGUUGCAUUGUUCGCGAUGGUCGUCCGCCAGCAAACAUCUCGUGGUACAUUGACAACAUGCCCGCCAACAAGAACACCAACCAACUUCAGAUUCUCUCCACGCCCACCCACGACAAUGUCGAGUUGUCCACCUCCGUGCAGGAAAUCAAAUGGCACUUGGCCCCCGAGGACAGCAACCGCAAGCUCGUCUGCCGCUCCCAUCAUCAGACCGAUCGCGAAAGUGUGCCCGCCCAGGAAGCUGCCUACAUCAUAAUGGUGCGAUAUGCCCCCGUCAGUCAGCCCGAGGCGUCCGUUUAUGGAUUGUACUUGGAGCACACUGCCAUCGUGAACAUUACGAUCCGGGCAAGUCCGCCACCGACCAUUGAAUGGAACGUCGCCGGCGUUGUCAUCCCACAGGGCCGCACCGAGGGACGCUAUUCGGCAUACGACCCACAGUAUCUGGGCAACGAUCUGUACAAUGUGACACUGGCGAUUGGCGGUCUAACUCUCGAGGAUACGACCAAGGUGUACCAGCUGCGUGCGAGCAACGAAAUCGGCAUCGCUGAUUAUUCGGUGCGCAUCAGUUCGUCGAGCAAGCCUCCGAGCAGCAGUUUAGAUGUGGCUGCCAUCGUUGGCAUCGUUGUGGCCAUCGCCGUGCUGCUGCUGAUUGUGCUCCUUGUGCUGUUUGCGCGUGCCACCGGCAGAUGGUGUUUUGGAGGCAAGUCAUUGAAGACGCCCACAAAUGAAACCAGCGACACCGAAAGCGCCGACAUAAAAGCGACCUCCACUUCAACGGCAACGGCAACAACGACGGCAACAACAACUGGAGCAGGAGCCGCCCACGACGAUGACGCUGAGGAUGAGCAACAGAAUGGAGGCAAUGGAGGGGCGUCGGCGGCGUCAGACGCAGAGCGAGCGAACGGAAAGAAGGCGAAACGAUUGCCAGCGUUUGCUGUUGCCAUUUUAAAGCGAUUCAAUGAGAGGGAUGCCAACAAACACAGCAGCAAGGACAACAAUGCGGAGACAGGCAUAAAUGAGCAGACGCAGGACAACAAUACAACAACAACAACAACAGCAGCAGCCACAGCAGCAGCAACAACAAUCGAUGGCAAUGACAAUGAACCAAAGCAAGACAAACAACUCGUCUAUGCUGAACUUGUACUAAAGCCCGCCCAAGACAAGACAUCAGCAGCCAGUGCAACAACAGCAACCACAACAACAACAGCAGCAACCACACCACCAGCAGCGGCAGCAACAACAAAUGGGGCAGCAACAACAUCACCUGUGGACGGAGCUGGAAAACAUGCAACAGAAUAUGCCGAAAUAGUUUAUGUGCAAAAGGGGGAAGGCAAGAAAUGAGAUGCACUUUUGAAUGCCCAAUGAGGCUGUACAACAACAACAACAACAACAAAAUUAUGCAGCACCAGCAACCACCACCAGCAAAACAACAACAUUUAAGUAAAUACGUUGCGAGCUACAACAACAAAAAUGAAAAUGAAAACACGAAACCCAAUGCAUAAAUACAACACAUUAAAUAAUAAUGAUAUUUAAAUAUACGAGUACAUAUAUAAAAUUAAAAUGCGAACAUGAAAAAGUCUUACGUGGUUUUUCAAAAAAACUCCAUGAGUGUGUGUACUAAAAAUCUUAAAUCUAAUUAAAUGUAAAGUUAUAAAUGUCAGCAAAAAGUAAACAUAAAUAUGAAGAAGAACAGAAACCCAACAAAAAAAAAACCCCAAUAAAUGUGUUAUACAUUUUUCCACAUAAAUUAUUCAUAAAACAUUAAAUCAAAACUAAAAAAAAACGACAAAAAAAAAUAGCGCACAGAAGUUGUCACACAAAACGCAGCCCACACAUCUAAAUAAAAUUUACACAAAUAAAAUAAAUCAACUUAUAAUAAAUAAAUACGAGAAUGCAAAACAAAAAUAUUAUAAAUUAAAUUUACAUAGGCAAAAACAAAACUGAAAUACAAAACACAAAAAAAAAAACAGAAAAAACGAAAAAAAAAAUAUUUGAAAAAUCUCAAUUAUUUACAUAAA